CACACAAACUUAAAGACUAUUCUCUAAUACGACAAGCUCUAAACAAAGCCUGGAAUCGAAAGCCUAUAAGCAGUCUUGACAUUCUGAAUGCUUAUGGACGGCAGAGAAUAGACAGAAAUACUGCAGAUUAUUUAUCAUCUUCGCUUUCCAUGAGCAAAACCCAGCCAUUUAACUCAGAAAUUGAGGACAAGGAUCAGCCAUUCAAGAAAAGAUAGCAAAAUUUCAAAGUUUUAUGUUGGAGGUCAAAGUAUCAUGGACAAGUACACAAGCUCAAAUACUCAGAACAAGACUUAUAUGAUGAAUAUGAAACAGAGAAAUUACAAAUUUGGACGUUAUAGAGAGAUAAACCCUUAUGCUGAUGAAGAAGAGCCUCUAAAAGCCUUGCCAGAUUUUAACCUCAAAGACAGAGGUUCAUGUUCCUCAUUGUCUGACCACAAAAAUCCAGAGCAUAAAGGGAGUUAUGAAAUCUGAAAUAACUCUGAGACUAUAUUUGAUAAUCACAAAUUAUCAGAGCUUGGCUUAAGUCAGAAAAAUCAGGUCAGCAUUGAAACGCUCAGUGGCAAAAACUUUCCAAAAUCAAUUGAGAAUUCUCAUUCUGAAAAAUCCCUAAGCUCAUCUGAGAAUGACUCCAAAGAAAAUAUAUCUGAGCAUGAUCAAAAACAAGAGAAAGAGAAAAAGCUGAAUCCUCAGUUAAGCAUCAUUGAAGAAGUCCAAUACACUGUAAAAGGAAUAAGACCAGACAGUACCAAGCGAAGACUCAAAAAUCACAAGAAGAGAUUCAAAGCUGCCAAAGUUACUGCCUCUGAAUCAGCUAAAGUAGUGGGUGAUAGCCUCCCCACACUUAAUACUCCUGUUCGUACAAAUAAAGACUUGUUACAAGAUCUGGAGAAGAAAUUUUCAAGAAAUUCUCUGAGCAACCAGAAAAUCAAGAUUAAGUUAUGGAAUUCGCAACAUAAAAAUUCCAAGACUAUUCCGAAGAAGAGAAGAAUCCUGAAGAAUUAUGCCCUUGAUAGCAAGAAACUACUGUCAUUUAACUGCUCAGAAGAGAUUAGGUUAAGAAACUCGAGCCUAACUUCAAUUUUCAGGUCAAAGAAAAUAGUCGAUAUCAAAACUAAAGCAAAGAGAAUAGAUAAAUUACUCUCAAAAAUCCGGGUUUCAAAACUAUUCUAAACACCCUCAACCAAACCCAAAAUCUCCAAAACUCACC